AUGCCGCAGACACGGUCGGCGGCGGCGGCGGCAGCAGCAGCAGCAGCAGCAUCAGAAGCAACUGCCGCCGCGUACACGGUCGCCACCACCGCAGAGGCCUUUGAGGCAGGCCUUGUGCGUCUCGUCCGCUCACACCAUAUUCACACUGUGGAGCUGCUCUCUGCAAUGGAGCAGACGCACGUUGGGGCGGCGACGUCUCGCGCCUCCCCUCUUCCUGUCCUUAUUGUGGUGGAGGCGCGGCUGACGAGUACCUUGGCAUGGCAGCCCGGGUCGCGGAGCUGGCCCCACUGCAACGAGCCCUCCAAGGGUGACGACAGUGUCUUCACAUAUCAUGUUUCUUUCCUGUCCCCCACGGACGCCGCGCCGGUGUCUGUUCACGCUUUUCCAACCAAUUUCCCGAGCACAACACUGUCUGCGGAGUGGUGUGCACAGCUGCAGCGUCAGCUAGCUGUUUGCUCCGCAUUAACGGGCCUUCCAACCCGUCUCAGUGUCUCGCUUCUGCCCUAUGUGCCGCACCUCACGUGGGAGAGGGGGCGUGAUGGGCUCCUUGGAGCCACGCACAGCGCAACGAUGAUGUCGAGCCCUCUUGAAACAGGCGAUGUCGCUGCCGAGCAGCUGGUGCGGGUGGCAGUACUUUUAAAUGCCAACAUCCCACUGGGACCGCGAGCGGGGCGAAAUACCGCAGUUUUGUUGCUUCACGCUGCUGACGGUGCCAUCUGCUCGGUCGCCACCUCCAUGCCAAUAACAGCAGAGGAGCGGAAAAAGCGGCCGCGACAAUCCACGCCGAAGCGUGGAGAACUGGAAACCGACAGUAUAAUGGACAAGGAACCAUUUUUUCGUUUGCUGUCUCGUCACAGUGAAACCCACAUCUUACCCAAGAUUUCAUGGGAGGCAGUUUGGUCUCGUCCCAUGCAACUUGAAGGGGACGGUUGCCGUGAUGUAUGUGGAUUGCGGGAGCAGCUCGGGUACAGUUUUUACCUGCAAGGUGCCCUUGACGCACGGAGGGCGCAGAGCAUUACUCUCAUUCUAGACGCUCCCCUCGAGAUGUGGCGCCGUGUCCUCCACUCUGAUGCCCUCCUCGUGCCAAACCGUGAAAAUGGCUCCCUGCAAGGUUUUCCAGAGUGUGUUGCCAAGACGGCUGCGGGUGCCCUCUCCCGUCUCGCGGCGGAGAACAUUGACUGUUUCGUGCGCCACUCGCUGACGACGCCCAGUGGGUCGGGGGAAGUGAGGGGAGGGGAAGGGGAGGAGGCCGCAGACGCCUCUGCGUCGGCGGAAGCCGUUCCCAUUUCUUUGCAACACUCAUGGUCGUUGCUGGUUCAGAGUAUCGCCGACAGCCUUGCCCAGAUUGUGCGGACCUCGCGGAACCGAGUGUUUGUCGCUGAGGUGCAUCGACUGCUGCUGAAUCGCCAAGCGGCUAAGAAGACGCUGCCUCCUUGCUGCGAUGCUGGCGACGAUCCUGACAUCGAUGCGGAGACGUCUGCAGCUGCGUGCUCGCCGCCGCCGCUCGCCAAAACAGUUGCUUUGCUCCGCUGGGCCGUUGAGACGCGCCUCAUGGAGCCGUAG